AUGCAUUUUUACCCCCCAGCGAACGAAAGUCCGCUCGUGGAGAUCGCCCGGCUGCCGUGCACCGACGACGCCGCGCUGCAUCGCGUGAUCGCGCUGAGUGAUCGGCUGCACAAACACGUCGUCCUCACGCGCAGCGAUGACGGGGGGCACCUCGGAACGCUGCUGCUGCUCGUGGCGUUAUACCAGGCGAACGCGAUGCUCGAGGAUGGCUGCUUCCCCCAUGAGGUGGAUGGGGUGUUGAAGAAAAAGUUCAACUUCCAGGUGGGAAUUUUUGAGUUGGAGGAUUUCAUCGGGCUCGAUGUGAUGGCGGCCGCCCGGGCUAAUCUCCCCGCGGGGCGGCUGCCCGCGCGGAGGGUGUUUAACGUGGCGGACGACCUCGUCGCGGCGGAUCUGGUCGGCCGGAAAAGAGGCGAGGGGUGGUAUCGAUAUAAAGGGAAAAUGGCCUCCUCCCCUCAGAGCGGAGGGGGCGAUCCCCACCCCGCCUCGACGGAUCCCGACGGCGAUGUCGAUGACGAGGAAAAGGCCCUCGCCGCCUCGCUGGUGCGCGUGAAUAUCGGCAGCAUCCCUGCCGCCGCGCGGGGUGGAAGGUCCGACGACGCCCCUGAUAACGUCGCGCUGCCGUUCAAACCGAAACGGAUGUCUUCCACCUCGGCUUGGAAUCCAAUUGAGUGGCACCUCUCCAACCUCCUCCCCGGGGGCGAAUGGCAAACCUUGCUCGCCACCCACUCGAUGUCGACCGUGCACAACCGCGGCGUGGAGAAGCGGAUUUUGUCGAUGAGCCGGCGAAAAGGGUUUCAACGCCGCUACAUCAGUGAGGAGGAGAUCAUCGAUCGUAUUUUGCUCCCCAUGAUCAACGAGGCCGCCCGGUGGCUUGGGGAAGGCAUGGUGGAAUGCGCAAGUGACGUCGACUGUGUGAGCGUCUACGUCUUGGGCUUCCCGGGAUGGAAGGGCGGUUUGUUGUACUACGCGGAUGAGGUGCUUGGAAUUGAUAAGAUUUUGGAAAGAAUGAAAAUUAUGCGUUUGGCAUUGGGUAAGGAUGUCUUUCCGGAACCAUGUGCGGUCUUGCUAGAGAUGAAGCAGCAAAAACUAUCGUUUGCACGUCGUUUCAACGGUGGUCAAAAAGCUUAA